AUGACCAACGUAACACACAACUUCGGCUAUGCCAUCGUGCGCGCCGGUGUACCAACGACUGACGACCUCCACAUUCUCUAUGUGUUCCGCUCCCUCGAAAAUGCACACACGGCCAUCACUAAGUUUGCCAACAGCUCUGAGUUCACCCAGGCGGCCAGUCGCGCGCCAAGUGAACUGCGCGAGCUGGACGGCAGCAUUCCGAAGUGGUGGAAAAGUUACAGUCUGUUUGACGGAUAUUUCCCGGUAGGAAGUGUAUACGUCGAGCGGGUGAACAUGGAGGACUAA